UUGUUUCAUUUUUGGCACAAGGCUUUGCCAAGUCGAAGAGAAAGAAGAGGAAAGGAGACAGCCGGAAGAGAAACCACUAUGGCGACGGCGACUUUGUCGGUAGAAGCUUUGCCUCUAGGGUUUAGAUUUAGACCGACGGACGAGGAACUCAUCAAUCACUACCUCAGGUUGAAGAUCAACGGCCGUGAUUCGGAGGUGCGCGUCAUUCCCGAAGUCGACGUCUGCAAGUGGGAGCCUUGGGAUUUGCCUGGGUUGUCGGUGAUUAAGACAGAUGAUCAGGAGUGGUUCUUCUUCUGUCCCCGUGAUCGGAAGUACCCGAGUGGCCAUCGUUCGAACAGAGCCACUGACACUGGCUACUGGAAAGCCACGGGGAAGGAUCGAACAAUCAAGUCCAAGAAGAUGGCGGUUGGCAUGAAGAAGACUCUGGUCUUCUAUCGUGGUCGUGCUCCGAGGGGCGAGAGGACCAACUGGAUCAUGCAUGAGUACCGUGCCACUGACAAAGACCUCGACGGCAACGGCCCUGGCCAGAAUCCAUAUGUUCUGUGCCGCCUGUUCCACAAACCAAGUGAUAGCUGUGGUACUGCAAACUGUGAUGAACUAGAGAAUGCCAAAUCCACUCCCACCAGCACCAAAUCCAUUCCCGAUGACACGUCUUCUGAGAUGGUCCAAGAAACAGCUACAUCUCGCUCGCAAGCUUCAAAGGAAACAGAUGAUACUGAAAAAUCCCCGAGUGGUAAGUAUGAUGAUGUGAAACCCAAUGAUCCACUGAUUGACAAGAGCUUUGCCAAUCGGGUUACGGCUUCUCAUACUGGAGACACUGUUUUGGGGAAAAACAUGGUUGAGGAAAAUGAUCCAUUUGCAAGGGACAUUCCUAAUCUUUAUGGUCCGAGUUUUGCUCAGAUUGGCAACAAAACGAUUUGUCCAGCACAGUCAAGCAUUGGUUUUGCCGCAUCGCACAUGGAUUCACUGUAUGACAGCGAUUUUGGUAACAGUGAUAGUAUGUUACAUUUUCAAGAUGGUGCUUCUUUACAGGAUGUAUCCUUGACAGCAGUCUUGGAUGAGGUAUUCGGUAACUAUAAUGAACCCUCUUGUGAGGAGUCAACUAAAGGGAAAGACAUAGCUCUUCCAAGGAUGAUGCAUUUCCCCGGAGGAAAUACAAGCAUGCUCUCAGCUAUGAAUCCCUUUCUCAGCGAUACUGUUCCAUUUGUUGACAGUGAUGCUGUAGUAGCCGGAGCACAGCAAUAUGUACCAGACAUUGUUGGUUCCAAAUGGGUCGGAGAACCCGUUGACUACAAAGAGUUUGUGGAGAGGCAAACAUUGUCGGGAACCUCCCGGACCUUGACACCAAUGCAUGGUCAUGCCUCUUAUGCAACUAUCGACCCGUUUCAUCUUAAUCCGGAUGUUUUGGAGGGGAGCUUUGUUGGACCCGGUGAUGUAACCCGUCUCGGAGCUAGGGAUGGGCAACAUCAACCAAAUUCAGACUUCUUUGUUGACCAAGGCACUGCUCCUAGAAGACUCAGGCUACAGGUCGAGAGGUCACCUUCAUCUGUUGAUAGCAAGGGAGACAGAGCUGCAGGUCACAGCGAAGAAGAUGAAGUGCAAUCUGCCAUAUCCGAGGUUGAAUAUGAUAAGGGCCAAUCACAAUCAGCCUGUUCCGGCAUUCAAAGUGCAUCAAGAAGGAGAAUCCUUCUGCGGAUGAGAAGGCAGAAGCCUCCCUCUGAAACAGGACUUGAGGGAAAGGAUGAAGACCCAUUAGGGCGUCAUCUGAAGUUAAGACCGAAACAUGGUAAGUUCACGAUGGCUCAGCUAAAGAGAAGAUUACAAUUUAGCAGUAGUAGUAGAAGUAGUAGUGUGAUGAUGGUGGUGACGAUGGUGAUGGUGCUGGCGAUGGCGAUUUUUGUUGGAAUGUGGAGGAGGGGCUGGUUUGGUAUAAUCACAAAGAAUGCCAAAAAUAACCUCUUGUUUCAUUCGUUGAGAGACAUGAUGAUGUAGUAGUCUUUGCAAUGCCACGUGUAUCAAUGUCCUUAAGUUGCUCUGUUGUUGUUGUAAUGAUUGUGUUUAGGCUUCGUUCGGACCAAUGUCAAGAAGUCUAUUUGGCAGUUAUUAGUUAAAUUGAAAUUCUGGAUACUUGAGGAUUCUUUAGUUAGUUACUAGUUAGUAUGUAAUAUAUGUAUGGAUGGAUGUAUAUCCUGCGAGGUGAA